AUGAGCUUUAUCAGUGCGACUAAAUUCGUAAUAUUUUUUGCUGCUUCAAUAAAUGCACAAAAAGUUGAACAAGAUCAUUCGGUAGUAAAUAGAGUUUCAAAUAUUGCGGAAAAAUACAGUAAUUGGGCUCUAGGAAAAUCAGAUUAUCGAAAUGGAAAUUUGAAUAAUUUUCAAGUCACUCAAGUUCAAAGUCCUCCAAGAAACUACAAUACAGCUCCAGUAAAACGAUUUUUUCAUCAAGUCCGAAUCCAGCCGCCUCUUAUCAUCAAACCUGUAACUUAUUCGGAAACAUCUUAUCAACCAAUUGACAUCUACUCAACUACACAAACUCCAAUCCUGACAACUCCACCAUAUCCUUCUCGGAUUUCUCAUUUUCCAACUGAAAAUCGUCAAAUCUUCCGAUCUCCAGUACGACAACAUUACCAGCCAUCUCCAAAUUUUCCAAGACUUUUGGAAACUGAAGUACCAGUUUCUCAGUCAUCUCCGAUGUUUACUUCAAAUUCUUCAUUACUCCCACCACAUAUGUCUCAAAACUUUGGCUCUUCAAUAUUAACACAACUUCUUAACCCAAUUCUACAAGAACCUAAUAUUCCAACAGCGCCUCCAAAUUUACAAAUAUCACCUCAAAUGCACAUUAAUCCAAAUUUCCCGACAUUAGUUCCAUUACCAAUUCCUCAACCGGUAGUUCUUGAACCGACUAAAGAAGAAGUGAUGAAAAUUGCAUCGAAGAAGAAUCUAUACGGAAUGCCAAGAUUUCCAAUCGAACCUCACCGUGGAUUUUUUCAGGCAUCAAUGAGCUGCAUGGAUGGCUGGUGUGGAAAUGAAUGCUGUGAACCGAGGAGACCAUUUGCAGCACCUACCACUACGAUCCAAGCAAGCGUGCUACCAGGCUCACCAAGCCCACCGCAUCCCCUGGUUUUAGUUGUACAUCCCGCACCACAGGCACAAUGCUCUCCGGCCUGCCAACCUCAUUGUAGUCAGCAAUGUGUUGCUAGACUUCAAUAUAUGCAUGAGUCACAGUUCUACAACCACAUUUUGGAGCCAAGUUGCCGUCCAGAUUGUAUGCCAUCCUGCCACGUCGAUUGCCUCAUAAUUCCUCCACAGCAAGUCCGAUGCAAUAGCUUCAAUUGUCAGUGUUUGGCUGGCUACGUGCAAUGUGCCGCAUUUACUUGUUGCAUGAGAUACCCGAAUCUGGCUGCAAGAAUGAAAUCCAACGUGAUGGCAAAGUCAUCUGAAGAAGAGGCAAACGUUAGCGAGGAGGGGAAACAAGAUAAUGAGAUCAGCUAUCGAAGAAUGUAUACGCCUAAUAGAAUGAGGGCUGGAAAGGGGAAAUACGACAUUGAGAAUGUGACAUCACCACCAGUUAUUAGACCUUCUUAUUGGACAAAACAUCGAGUGAAGUCAACGAAAGAACCAAAAACUACAAUAUUCACAACAACUCCAGUGCCAUGCCCCACGACCACAUCUACGACAACAAGUGCAACUACACUAGUUCCAACCACAUCUAGUUCUACAACUACUACAACAACUACUACACCAGUACCCGUUACAUCUACAACAACUGAACCUACUACGACAACAUAUACAACUUCAACUAGUACUAGCACCACAACUACACUUCCACCGACAACAUCCACCCCAAAAAUUGUGGUUAACCUAACUCCUAUCUAUCCGGAUAUGUUAAUGAAAGCAAACAAAGUUCCAAUGAUACCAGCCUACGGAAUUUGGACAAUUCCGCCCCAUGUACCACCCUCUUCAAAAGAAUUUGAUAACCCAUUGAGUGGAAUAAAAACCUCGCCAACUGAAAAGCGGAAUUCUAUUGGUGAUAUUCGCGGGAGACAUGUUAUCCGGUCUGAAAACUUUUUGGAUGUUCUCAGUGAGCUGGCGCAGGUGAAGCUUAAAGAGGAUAUAACGGAUGACUUUUCACAUGCAGCAAAUUUCAUCGAUUUUAUGACGGACAGAUUUAGCAAAAUUUAG